AUGACUCUUGUGGGCCGUCGGUUUGCUAAUGCUAAUUUUCUUACAGCGUCAAGUACUAAAGCGCCCUGGACCGUCCCUUUCCGACGAAAUCCGCUCUUUGUCAGUCGCUCAGCGGAAAUAGCCAAGCUUGAUGACAUCCUUAGUAAUGACAGUGCCUUCUCCCAGGUUGCGAUUGAGGGGCUUGGUGGCGUUGGGAAAACACAAAUUGCGCUUGAAUAUGCGCAUAUCCUGCGAGAGCGACAUCCGGACUGUGCAAUAUUCUGGAUACCAGUCACUAGCGUUGAGAGCAUGCUGGAGGCGUAUUCGCAAAUCGCAAAAGAGCUGCAAAUCCCAAAUGUUGGGAUCGAGACCAAAAACAUUCAGAAUAUAGUCCAACAUCGACUGAGUCAAGAAAGCUCCGGCAGAUGGUUACUGGUGUUGGACAAUGCUGACGACAUCUCCUUUUGGGCUGAUAAAACUAAGGGUACGACUACUUCUAACCUGCCAAACAGCAAGCAUGGAUCUAUCCUUUUCACAACCAGAAGCCACAAAACAGCAAUUAGAUUAGCAGGGAGAAAUAUAGUCACAGUCAAAGCGAUGAAUAGCGCACUAGCCAAGAACCUGCUGGGAAACACUUUAAUCGACCGAAGCCUGCUGACUGACGAACGAGCUACUGCUGAUUUACUUCAGAAGCUCACGUACCUGCCGCUCGCAAUUGUCCAGGCAGCCGCAUUCAUCAACAAGAAUCAAAUGACGCUCUCCGAGUAUAUAUCGCUCCAUGAGAGCACUGAGGAGAGUACUAUCGACAUCCUUAGUCAAAAUUUCGAAGACGAAGGUAGAUACGAGGACGGAAAGAACUCCGUUGCGACAACAUGGCUCAUAUCCUUCCAACAAAUCCGGGCUUCUGACCCGUUAGCAGCGGAGUACUUGUCACUUAUGGCCUGCGUUGACUCAAAGAAUGUCCCACAGAAAUUCCUUUCUCUCACACAGUCGGCAACAAAGACUUCUGAUGCUCUUGGGACGCUGAAGGCUUUCUCCUUUAUUACAAAUCACGAAAAUAGCCAGCAUCUGGAUAUCCACCGUCUGGUACACCUGGCGACGCGUAACUGGCUACAAAUGCAGGGCACCCUCCUAGAGUGGACCAACAAAGCUCUGAGUCACAUGAAUAUGCUGUUCCCAUUCCCCAGAGAGGAAAACCGACACAUGUGGAGGCCAUUACUACCACAUGCUCGGCACAUCAUAGAGUCACUGGCACCGAGUACCCCAACCAGAGCAGCGAUAUAUCUAUUACAUAUUUUUGGAUACGGUGUCCUACAAGAUGGAAGAUACCGAGAAGCUCGAAGAGCCUUUAGCACGGUUACAGAUUUCUACAAAACUAGCCUUGGCAUAGAACAUCCUGUGACACUGUCCACUCAAGCAACCUUAGCACAGAUAUACCUCAGACAAGGGGAAUGGAGCAAAGCUGAGUCUUUGAAUAUGCAAACACUAGACAGCCUGAAGAAGGUUGUCGGCUUCGAGAGUAUGGUGACAUUGACAAGCAUGACUGCACAGGUAUCGAUAUACUGCGCCCAAGAACGGUGGACGGAGGCAGAGAAGUUAGAACUCCAGACCUUGAAAUUUUACGAGAGGGCGCUUGGUACAAAGCAUCCACAAACUCUGAUGAAUAAGAGCUAUCUAGCACUGAUAUAUAGGGAGAAAGGAAAAUGGAAUCAAUCCAGGAAGCUCAAUUUGCAGAUAUUGAAAUGUCACAGGACAGCACUUGGGACGGAGCAUCCAUUAACACUCAUCAGCACGCGUAACCUCGCAGAUGAUUACAGAUAUCUGGGGCUUCUGAGAAAGGCAGAAGCGCUGCAAACGCAAGCAACAGAGACUUCCAAACGGAUUCUUGGAGCAGAGCAUCCGGACACAAUACGUGCCACAGGUAGUCUGGCCUCUAUAUAUAGAGAGAGGGGCCGCCUCAAGGAUGCCGAGAAGUUGCACAUGCAAGUUUUGGAGAAUUAUCGAAAGACUCUUGGUGCGGAACACCCUAGUACUUUAUGGGCUAUGGCCCCUCUAGCUGACACCUGGAGGAGAAUGGGUCGAUAUACUGAGGCGACUGAGCUGCUGGAGAAGUGCUUACACUUGGAAACGAAAGUUUUGGGAGCGGACUACUCUGUUUGA